UUCACAGAUUAGAACAGCAGACACUGCUUAUCGAUUCACCUAACGCACAUAGGAAUCUUUUUUCGCGAUGUCUUCCUUGACAGCAAACAUGUGUUUGAGGUGUGUUGCUCUUGCUUCACGGCGAACAAAUUUUCGGAAAUUCGCACGGAUACAAAUGUUGACAGUGCCGAAAGUGAUCGUUUCACUUCCCAAGUUGGCGCAUAGUGGUUACAAGCCUACCUUCUACGACCACCAGAGUGCUCGGGAUCUGAUUUAUUCUUUAAAUCAAGAUCAAAGAAACAUUCUUCUGAGUGAGAUAACACAGUUCGAAGAAGAAAGAGUCAGAACUCUAGGUCUCGACCCACCUGUGCCGCCAACGUCAACGCAGCUGCGCCUCCUGGAUCACUUCCAUAAUGCUCUUCCAUUCAUAGAACAGGGUUAUUGGCCUUCAUAA